AUGGCUCAGAUCCUGCACUUAGAGAUUCCGAAUUUUGGGAAUAAUGUCCUGGGAUGCCUAAACGAACAACGAUUAAUGGGGUUGUUUUGUGAUGUCUCCAUCGUGGUCAAAGGUCAAGCCUUCAAGGCUCACCGUGCUGUGCUGGCAGCGAACAGCCUCUAUUUUAGAGACUUGUUCAGUGGUAACAGCAGAAGUGCAUUUGAGCUGCCUGCCACUGUGCCGCCCGCCUGCUUUCAGCAGAUUCUUUCCUUUUGUUACACAGGCAAGCUUACCAUGGCAGCCAGCGAGCAGCUGGUUGUGAUGUACACAGCAGGAUUCCUGCAAAUUCAGCGUAUUGUUGAGAAGGGGACAGAGUUGAUGUUCAAAGUAAGCUCCCCACACUGUGACUCCCAGACCACCUCCAUCGAAGACACGGGCUCCGAGCCACAGAGCCCUUGCCCCCAGCAGCCUCCCACAGCCAUGAUGGUCACAUCCCCUGCUUUACCCAUCCCGCUCCUAACUCGAGUGAAGAAUGAGAACUCCGAGCAUGAUACAACGACACCCAAUGUUCACCUCCCAGCAAUGAAGCGCUCACUUGAUUCUAGCCAGCGUGAGAACAUGGGUAACCUGAACUGUGUCACCCCGUUGAAAUUGCACCGAGUUUCUUACCCCGGAUCGUGGAAUGGCACAAGUUUUGUGCAGCCUAUAUCAUAUGCUCAGGGAGAACGCACAAGCCCAGGGGCAAGUAGUGUUCAGACGACUGAUAGCCCAACAUCGUACCACAAUGAAGAAGAGGAAGAAGAGGAUGAAGCUUAUGAAACCAUGGCAGAAGAUCAGUAUGGACAGAUGUAUAUCAAGACUUCGACAGGAUACUCUGUGCAAGAAAAAGUUGGACAACUGCCAGCGCACAUGACGCUUGAAAACCGCUCCUGUGUACUCAUUCGACGGGAUCUGGUGGCACUUCCUGCUAGUCUCAUCAGUCAGAUUGGGUACCGAUGCCACCCGAAGCUCUACUCCGAAGGUGACCCUGGUGAAAAGCUGGAACUUGUCUCGGGCUCGGGAGUUUACAUCACACGAGGUCAGCUGAUGAACUGUCACCUGUGUGCGGGCGUCAAGCAUAAGGUCCUUCUACGCCGCCUUCUCGCCUCCUUCUUUGACCGAAACACUUUGGCAAAUAGCUGCGGGACUGGAAUUCGUUCCUCCACAAGUGACCCCAGCAGAAAACCUCUGGACAGCCGGGUCCUUAAUGCGGUAAAACUAUACUGUCAGAACUUUGCCCCCAACUUCAAGGAAAGCGAGAUGAAUGUGAUAGCUGCGGACAUGUGCACGAAUGCUCGAAGAGUGCGCAAGCGUUGGCUCCCCAAGAUCAAAUCAAUGCUGCCCGACGGGAUGGAAGUGUACCGCACAGUAAUAGGAGACACUGGCAGUGGAGGAACCCUAGACCCUGAACUCUAUGGGACUGGGCAGGCCUUUGAGCAAAGCGCCCUCAUGGAGAAACGAAGUGACCCUGGGUCUAUGCUUGGAGAAAGAACAAAUGCUGUAACCCUCGAUGUGGAGUCUCCCAACUCCAGCCAGUUGUGUGAACCAAGCGAAAGCGCGGAAUCAGUAAUCAGAGAAACCGGUUGCACCUUGGCACCUGACGCACCCACCCUGGGCCAUGCAUUUGAUCAAGUGGAAAACUCUACCAACAGCUCAGAAACACCUAUGCGAAAACUGGAUGGAUCGUACAGCGGAACAUUAUAAAGACUUCCAGGCUGGUUUGAAAGAAGCGCAUUACAUUUAAUUGAAAUGGCUUGCAUGCAUACUAACCCUCUCAACAUGACAGUGUUAUUAAAGCUACUGACCUGUAACUGUUGCCUGAAAACUUGACUUUUAUUCCACUCGUAUUCAAUAUAUCAUGAAGGAAAGAAGACGCCUUUAGGACAUUGUAAUAAAUGUUUCCUGUACCAUUCGCCUGCCAGGGGCCAACAGAACUUGCCGUCUGUCAACAUCGAAGGUUCCAAGUACGUUGCAACUGAACUGAUAUAUUAAAAAAACACAGAAUUUCUUGUCCUACUGAUAUCAGAUGAUUUUAGCACUGUUUGUUCCUUAACAAAGUCUAAACCGGAAAUGAGCUGUGGACGAAAGGCAUUAACAGUGAUGAAAAAUUGGAUUGCAAAAAAAACCUCCACCAAGGCUUGUACUUUCUCAUCCUUCUAUCUGAUAGAGAAGAAACCUUUUCCACGUGGCCAAGUUUGCUGCUACCAUGUGUGCUAGCUUAUUUAGCUGGAAUUCCAUAUUUAGUGUAAUCUGCCUGGUCUGUUUUUGAUCUAUUCUAAACCAUGCCAUUGGAACAGUGACUGAAGCAAGCAAUUAUUUUUUAUUCAGCUGGUAAGGAGUGUUUCAAACUAACCUUUGCUGGUAGUGUUCGCUUGGAACUCUUGUGAAUCAAGAUGGUUUCAGAUAUUUCAGGACUGCAGGUGGGCUUAUUCUUUCACUCCUUCCCUAAAAUAGUAUCACAGUACUUUGCUUUAUUCCGUCAGGAGAAAGGUCCAUAUGAAAUCCGAGCAUUAAGGACUUGAGUGACUGAGGGUGUUUGUGUGCGUUGGCUAGACCCAGCACUGCUGAUCACGCUUGAGAUGUAUAUUAUCACAAAUUCAUAGAUUGUAAACAUGCAGAACCAUGUGCCUUAGAUAUCUUUGAUUUGUUUUCCAAAACAAACCACCCACCUUGAGCUGAUAAUGUUGUGAAUGUGUAACAGAGUACCCAUAGUAUUUAAGUGACUUAAAACAGUAUUUAUAUAAUACAAAUUUGUUCACCACCGUGUGAAAUGUUCCAAAUCGUUCUCCAUUUUCAAACUGAGCCAGUUUGAGCUGCGCUCUUAAGACUGUUAGCAAAAUGCACUUCACAGAAAAUGUUUCUGACCAGACCGAUCUUUCCCUUAACAGAAGGCGGAAAAAAAACCUGAAUUUAAAACUAAGUGCCAUUUAAAGGCUGGCCAUAUAACCCUUGCAACGUGAACUGUGGCACACUGUAUAGAUGCACUUUAUUGUACAUGCUAUUAGAUGAGAAUUAUGCGUCUUUCUACUGCAGCUUAUAUUUCCUUCGCCUCCGCUAUGGUUUUUCGAAAGGAAUUACUGUGUUUAUCCAAGCGGUAGCUAGACGUCUAUCUUGCGUUACUAAAACAGGAAUCGAGAUAUCCACUUUCCCUACAAGGUUCAGCAACAGUGAUGCAGUUGCCUGAAAUGUGCCUUUAGGUUAUCUUGACAUCAGCCCACUAAAGCAUAUAUGAUCGUCAUUGCAUCCCCUUUCCAAAUACUUCUCAUCAAACGUUCAGUGGUGAAGUUGCACCAAUAUCUGCUACCAUUUUCUUUGGUUGUUAAAUAUUGGUAUUUUGAGAAGAUUCUCACUUGGUAACUGAAGUGAAACUGCACUGAAGCCAUUGUGAAUUGCAAAGUUUGAGGCAACCAUAGAAAGCUAUUUUCAUUUGUUUUCUCUCCUGUCAACCGUGAGAAAAUAAAACAUCUUUGUAUGCCGGAGAGGUUAAACUGGUCAGAAGAUUGUAUAUAAUUCCUCUCAUGUAAUCAUGCUUUAGAAACCUGCUUCCCAGGGAUCAAGAUUGAGUAAUGCAGUUUGUCACAGGUUGAGUUUUUGUAACAACUACCAAAUACAACCUAUCUUUCUGUUUAAAGGUAAUUCUUUUUUUAAAACAAACUAAAUAUUGCAAUUGCACUGAAUAGGUUGGUCUUGUGAGUUACGAUUACCGAUAAUGUUAGACUUCUAAACAUUGCAAUAUUGGUGUGUUGCCUAUGUACACCAAAAAAAAGUGUGCCUUGCAUACGGUUUGGUUUGCAGUACUCAAAAGGAGUGCUGGGGCUAUUGCAUAGUAAAUAUUGUACUUCCCAAUAUUCGCAUUUAGCAGGAGGAAAGGAAGAUUUUUUUUCAUGUACUCAACACUCUUCAGUUUUAUAAUACUUGUUGGGUUUCAACUCCCUUCACUCUGAACCUGAAGUAAAUGAUACUUUCAAAUAUGAGAGAAAAUCAUUGAUCAAAGGCAUUGUUUUUCCUUUUUUUAUAUCAAGAUAUAACUAACUGCCUCUAACUCAGAGCUCGAGGGCCAGUUAAAUGAAACUUGUGACUGAUGCUUUGCUGUGUACUUUAACAGUUCUUGAUUUUGCCAAUAGUGUCACAGCAUGUUUCUUACCUCUUCAUGUUCUCUCUUCUGCUCCUGCCCAGAGUCCAAUAGGGUUUAAACUUGUGCGGGUAACAGAAACAGUACAACAAAGGCACGUUUCAGAGGACUGAAUCACUGACCUUGUGAACAAAGCUUUGAUUCCUAACCCCCCCCCAACUCGCGCGCACACAUCCCUACGCCCGGGAUUUUGUCAGAAGAAGGACCACAAUAGACCAAAUUUCCACAAAAAUACGAUUUGAUUUCCAUCGAUGAAAUGUGAUUAACGAUUGUUUGCCAGAAAUAUAGUCAAUGAAUACCUUUUAGAAGAGUUAUGUAAUACUUUAUACUUUACUAUGCCGGAUUUGAAGUUAAACGUUAGUUACUGUUCAGAAGGAAGGGAAUAAAGUGUUCCAACUUUAGCAGCACUCGUAGGGAACUUGUUGGAAAUGGUUCUGUUGCGAAAUUCAAUGACGGAUUAGCUUUUAUUUUUUUCAGUGCGUUUUUUCUUGGUAACCAUAGAAGCCAAGCAUACAAAAUAACAGUAUCUUCCAAUUAGCACUGCAUUUAUACCAUAAUCUUAUCCAUAUGGUAACUGUUAGAAUCAUUGCACUCCCCACGGGAAGAAUUCGGGGCUUUUACUCACGGGCCAUUUGCGGAAAUUACUCAACAGAUUUUUCUUAAAACGCCUUUGGGAAUUUACACGGUUGUAAAAAAAAAAUGCACAGUGAGGCACAAGAUUAUUGGUCCUCGCUGUGUGCAAUUCUGACAAAUGUUUAAUAAAGUACAGUAAACUGUUCAGAACAGUUUGAGAAAUAUAUUUUAAAACAAUGUGGUUAUUUUGGUUAUCGAAGGUGCCCGAUGUCCCCUAGCUGGUUUCUUGAGGCUUACUUAUUCAGGUGCAUUCCUGACACAACUGCGGGAAGAAAUAUUCAGUUUCAUUUCUGAAUCUGUUUUAACAGGAUUUCCAUUUAUGAAUCAAAUAAUCCUGUUCUCCCCUGGCCACAGGCAAAAAAAAAAGCCCUGCUUUGCUUUGGCUGUGUGGAUAAGAGCCCUGAUUGGAGAGAUCAAAGGGAUUAUGGUGUCUUCUAUAAAUAAGCCUUUCCUCUUUUUGGUAACUCUUAAGUAAUGCUUUUUCUUGUGUUAGACCAGGAGCAGCUUUGCAGCUAUUGAUCUAUUGCAAUGUAUAGCUUUAAAAGCUGAAAACUAAACCAUAAAAAUCUCGUUUUAUUUUACAUUUUAAUAAGCAAGCCUGAAAAGAAAAGUGUGCAGUGGGAUAGUUGUAACCUUUCAAUUAAAAUUUAAUAAAAUAAAAUACAAAUGA